AUGAGUAUCCGAAGGCAUUCACUCUCUGCGGCUCGCAGCCUGCCGCGCGACCCAUCGCGCAGCCCCACACAGAUCCUGCUGCCCGCGAGUGCCAAGCAAGCAUGCCAGGCAUGCCAGCAGCGCAAGCGCAAGUGCGACAGGAAACAGCCACGAUGUAGCAUGUGCGAGAAGCGGCAGAUCGAUUGCGUCUUCGAUCUCAAGGGUGACCCAACACUACUGGCGGACGCGCUCGCCGCUCUCGAGGAGCGAGAAGCGCGCGUUCACGCACUCGAGCUCCGCGUCGCCGCACUCGAGGGCAUUAUCCGUUCCGUCCCCGAACUCGCUCACUUGGCGAAUGUAUCUACAGAAGCUCUUUCCGACCGUUCCCCGGUCAGUGUGGAGGCUGAAAUGGCUGCCGUUAGCCUCGACGACAGGCGGGACCGCGGUAGCGAGCCUCUUCCUCCCGAACUGGUCGACACUGUCGAGGAAGGUCUCGCCGCGCUCCAUCAUCCCCAGCGGCUCAACAUCACGAAUACAAUGCAUAUCCACCUCGGAGCCGCAGCCGCAAGGGUGGAGGAAACGAGUAACAGGCCGCCGGCAGAGUGGCCAAACCGCGACCGAGCCGAGCUCCUUGUCGACACGUUCAUCUCCAUGAACCCCCUCUACCCAAUGUAUUGGAAAGACGAUAUGCGCAAAGACCUGGCCGCCGUCAUGGAUGGCACGGCCACGGCGCUGCAGGAGUACACGAUGACACUCGUGUUCGCCAUCGCGUGCCAGUACCUCGCGCAGCGCGAUGGCGAGCAGCUCGACACGGCAGCUUUCCGGCAAAAGGCGUUCAGCCUCAUCGGCGUGGUGCUGCGUACCGAGUCGGCGAUUCGUUGCGCUGAAGCGCUCUUCCUACUGACAUUGUACGGUGUGUUUGACUGGGCCAAUCCGGCCAUGGCUCACGCGUCCCCACUUGCAUCACAUAUCCUGCGCACACUGGAGCUAUACCACGACCCGCCCGCGACUUUGUCACCGCGCGAGAGGGACCGGCGACGCGCCUUCUUCUGGUCCCAAUACGGAAUCGACCAAGGGCUUGCGUCGUUGUUGUUCAACUUUCCUGUCGGGUUUGAAGGCGUGCAGAUCACGAUGGCGUGGCCUGAGAGCCUCGACGAUAGCAUCUUGGCACGGCACGGUAUCGACCCAAUCGAGACGACCAAGCUCAACGUCGAGAUGCGCCAGAUUGAGUGGAGCUUUGCGUCAUAUCAGCGCGGCACGCGACUGGACGUGCGGCCCUCCGAGCUCAUUACGCGCCUCGAGGGUUGGUACGAGCGCGCACAGCGCAUCACGCGGAAGCGACCUCAGGGCCCCACCAGCACCCACCUAGACAUGUACUACCAUCUCCUGCGGGGACAGUUGCAUGGGCCGCACCUCGACCCACACGGCGGAGAUGCACGAAUCAUGCGCGAAAGCGCGCGGUCGACGCUCGAGUACAUGGUCGCGCUGAACCAGCAAUCGCUUAUGGGCGAUAGCUACUUCCACUUCAACUACAUGAUUAUCAUGGGCAUGGUGCUGUUGUACGCGGUUCUGCGCCUCGAUGGCGACCCGAGCAAGUGCGACGCGGCGUGGUGCUCUGCUGCCAUCGAUGAUGUCGAGAAGUGCCAGGCGUAUCUCCGGUCGUUCUGUAAGGGAUGGCCACAGACCCGAGUGCUCUCACACACAUUUGACUGCUUUGCCGCACGUGCGAUCGCACAACUGCAGAUCCACUUUGCGAGCCCGGCGAGCAUGUCGCUGAUCGGAGUGCCCACACCAGACGUAGGCGCCAAGGGCGGCAUCCUAACCGCCGUAAACCCCGUGUCAGCUCCUUUCGAAGACCAACAAAAUAUGGCCCUGGUCGAUGAAACAGAGGGAGACGUAGACGCUCUCCUCUCCAUGCUCGGUUGGAAUGCCGAAUGGCUCCCCGAGCUCCUCCCAAACUUUCAGUAG